GUGAGAUAAGUUCACACAUAGAGAUGGAGGAAGACAAAAGAGAAAGAGGUCAGGAGAGGAAGAUGGGAGAGUCUCUUCAAAGCCACGGACAAAUGGGACACACACAGAUGAAUAAAGAGGACGAUAACAAGAAGAAGACGGACGAGGAGCUGGUGCACCUUCGGAGGGAGAUUGGGCUGCUGCCUGCUGUAUCUUUCAUCAUUGGAACAGUGGUGGGCAGUGGGAUCUUCAUUGCACCGAAGGGAGUCCUAAUGAACAGUGGCAGCGUGGAGCUGUCACUUCUAGUGUGGGGACUGUGUGGGGUCCUCUCCUUGUUUGGGGCACUGUGCUAUGCUGAACUAGGCACCACCUUUACAAAAUCAGGGGGUGACUUCAUGUAUCUAUUGGAGACAUUAGGUCCCCUUCCUGCUUUCCUCCGACUCUGGGUUGAGUUCUUAUUUAACAGACCAGCUUCGACUUCCCUUGUGUCCUUGGCCUUCGGUCGUUAUGUGGUGGAGCCAUUCUUCGCACCAUGUGCUGCUCCGACAAUGCUAAUCAAACUUGUGAGCAUCCUUGGAGUGACAUUUCUUGUGGCAGUCAACUGCUGGAGUGUGCGCAUGGCAUCUCACAUCCAGGUCUCUUUGACUUUCAUUAAGAUGUUUGCUUUAGUCCUCAUCAUCAUCCCUGGCAUCAUUGCUUUGGUCAAAGGUGGGAACACGUAAUUGUUAUUUCUGAAGACACAGACUUCCUAACUGUAAAGAUCCACCCAAAAAAGAAAAUAAAAAAUACUGAAAAAAAAGCUGAAAAAAGUAAGAAAUACUAAAAAGAACCAGCUUCAGGAACUAAUUAGGUUAACUAGCAACAAAUGAGCAAUAUGACUGGAUAUAAGAAGAGCAUUUUAGAGAGUUUCUCAGAAGUAGAAAUGUACAGAGGUUCACUACUCUGCAAAAAAAAAAAAAAAAAAAAAAAAAA